UUGAGUAUUUGAUUUGAACGUGUUAUGAUAGACUGUAUAUUUGUUAUAGUCUUCCUUAGGUAAUUUUCCAAGGCUUUACAUGUAAACUAGAUUAUUACUAGUAACUAAAUGAUAUGUUGGCUUAAAUCUCGUUCAGUUGGUAUUCCAAGAAAUCGAUCAAACUAUGCCAAAUGUCAAACUACAUACCCCGUGUAGUUUGCAUGUUUCUGUUUCAAGGGUUUUUGAUCAAUUGUAAUCAAGGAUGCAGUACUGGUCAAUAUCCUUGUAUAUUAAAUGGUACAGAAGGACGCAUCGCCAGUCCAGGGCAUCCAUCAUACUACCCAAACAAUGCCAAUAUAUCAUGGUCAAUUCAAGUCCCUCAUGGCUACUCUAUCAAGCUUGAAUUUAGUGACAACUUUAAAAUUGGGCUGGAGACAAACUGUCGAUCUGAUUACUUAGUCAUAUAUGAUGGCUUUACCACAGGAAGCCCAGUAAUGGGAAAUUAUUGUGGCUCAGAUAAACCACCUAGUUUAUACUCAUCUGGGCCAACUUUAUUGGUUGCCUUCAUUUCUGAUAAUGAAUAUCAAUCUUCUGGAUUUUCUGCUAAUUACACAGCGAUAAAACCAGGUACAACAUGCUCCGCACUACAAACACAAGAAGAAAAUGCAAACCUUAUCCUAAGAGACGCUUCAGGGAAUAUUUUCGCUCAUUUUAACAAUUCAUAUAAUUAUAACAUAAAACCUCUUCGAUGUUUAUGGAGGCUGCGAGCACCGCCAGGCUAUGGGAUCAAGAUAGCUAUCAACGCUUUAAAACUUGAUAAAAAUACUAGUUGUUUGCAAAGUAAUUUCAAUGUAUAUAAGGGAUAUUUUGUACAAGAAGACAAGCUGGUCUCGAGAUAUUGUAAAAUUGAAAAUCCAGCCAAAAUAUAUUUACCCGAUAGAACUGCAGUUUUAAGAGUUCAAAUAAAUCAACUGUCUUCGUGGAUUGGAAGCGAGGCAUUUGCUAUUAAAUAUGAAUUCCUCAAAAAAGAUAUAAAUAAGUGCUCUACACUAAACAGCGAACAAGAAAACAGCAACAUUAUUUUAACCAGGAAUAAUGGCAGUUUUACAAUACAUACGGAAAACGGUGAUCCUGACCAAGGUCUUCAGUGCCUAUGGAAAAUCAAACCACCGAAUGGUCAUCAAGUUAGACUGAGUUUUACGAAGUUUCUUCUUGAGAGCGACUGUCGGGAUUCCUUCGUAGAGAUUUUUGAUGGAGAAAAUAGUGAAGGAAACGGAAAGUUCUGUGGUUCGGUUCCUCCGUGGGUGAUGUUUUCCACCGGGGGAUAUCUCGUGGUCAAGUUUGUUGCGCGGUCUAGUAAUAUGAGAAAUCUUUCAAGAUUGAGUAUCGUUGGCGUUUAUGAGGCUGUGACGUAUGCAAAAGGAACAUGUUCAACGAUAAACACCAAACAAAUGAAUUCAAACAUCCAACUUAAUGACAAAAAAGGCGUCAUAAUGACUCCCAACUAUCCUUCAAAGUAUCCAUCAGACUUUAAGUGCGUUUGGAUUAUAACAGUGCCUUCUGGAUAUCGUAUUAGACUUCACUUUGUCGCGUUUAACGUCGAAAAUCAUGGCUGUGUUUAUGACUUCGUUGAGGUUCGUGAUGGCGACAAUAGUUCAAGUCCAUUGAAGACGCAAGAAAACUUAUGUGGCAUCACAAUACCUUAUGAUAUUUACUCCACGUCGAAUAACAUGUGGAUGAUGUUUGUGUCUGAUUAUUCAGAGCAGAUGACUGGGUUCCAGGCUUUCUACAGCGCCGUAACCCCUGAACCAUGGAGGUGUUCCCCAGUAAACACCGACCAAGAAAACAAUAUCCUCAUUAAAGACACACCAGGCGUGCUCACCACUCCAAACUACCCCCACCCCUACCCCCCUAACCUCAAAUGCACCUGGCACAUCACAGUACCAAGUUCACUUAGGAUCCAAGUUCACUUUCACGACUUCCAGCUCUAUUCCUCUUGUAGUUUCGAGUUUGUGGAAGGGUUUGAUGGCAAAGAUAUCUCAGACCAAAGUCUUGGCCGAUAUUGUGGAAGCAAUUUGCCUUUUGACAUGUUUUCAACUGGGAAUGCUAUCACGUUGGUUUUUCAAAGUAGCACCUUUGCAGGGUGUAGAGGAUUCAAGUUGUCUCACUUCAUUCUUGAGCUUGGUCCAGGAAUAUGUUCAAAAGGAAAUCCUCAUGAUCUCAAUGACAAUUUAGUCGUCAAUAGCACUAGAGGGAAUAUCACCAGCCCUAAUUAUCCUCUGCCCUACACACGUGGAAUGCAGUGCACAUGGCAUGUAAGAGCUCCGAUAGGCUAUCACGUGGAGCUAAAUUUUACAUCGAUACAUUUCCCACUUCCUUGUGCUCAAGACUAUAUAGAGGUCCGUGAUGGAGGUUCUUCGAAUAGUCCAUUCAAGGGACGGUUUUGUAAUGUGCAAAGCGCUUCUAGGAUCUAUUCAAGUGGUAGGGAAUUGUGGCUGAGGUUUAUUUCACAGCACACGACCAGUGAAGCGUACAAAGGAUUUUAUGUCACAUAUAGAAUGAUCAAAGCUGGUAACUGCUCUAGGGAUUUCGACCAAUCAUGGAACACUAACCUGAAUUUUGGCGAGAGCAUGUCAGGUAGUCUAACAAGUCCCGGAUAUCCAGCUCCGUUUCCUCCUGACAUCAAAUGCACUUGGAAAAUCACCGUUCAUUAUGGCUACCAAGUGCAACUGAUAUUCAACCGCAUUUCCCUACUAGAGCCCUGUACAUCUGGUUAUGUCGAAGUUAGAGAUGGAUACUAUUCCUUUAGUAAAAGCCUCGGCAAGUUUUGUAAGACUGAAGUGUCGUCUGUCAGGUUUCGGUCGACUGACAGACGACUGUUCGUGCACUUUGAGUCGGGAAACACUUCCAUGCUUGGUCAAGGAUUCGAUGCAAGUUUUUCUGCCAUGAUAAAAGGAACAACAAGCUCUGGUUCUCUUGCAGCUGGAGCAAUAACUAUAUCCCUAAUCGUAUUCGCUGGCUUUAUCUUGAUUACACUAGCAAUUAUUUUCACGUAUUGGCUGUUAAAAAAGAGAUAUCGUCGACGGCCAAACUCUCGUCCACGUGAUCACGACCUAGCGGUCAUCCCUCCAAUGCGCGUCCCUCCGCUGGACGAUAUUCCUGAUUGCUUAAUCGCGGAGGAUCGUCCUCCUCCAUAUGCCGAGGCGGUAAACCAGGAUGACGAAGAACAGUCGCCAGCGAGAGACGUUGGACGGAGAAAUAGUGGUUGUACAGAGGAGACUGUUGAAGAACGGUCAAUAGAGGCGGAGAGGGGGCUGGAUAAUGAAGGAUUUACGAAUGACCCACCGACAUACGAGUCUCUUUAUGGCGUCGACCCAACUUGACGAAUACUUUCCUGAUAAGAGACCUGAGGUUUAGAUUUAGAAAAUAGCAAAUAACUGAAAUACAUCAGUGUGGAUGCCGCAGAAGCUUCUCUGACAUCAAAGAAGAAAGCCCUUUCUCCUUUAGCGGACGUUUUUCUCCGACGACCUUUUCUAGUAACACGAGAGCCUACUAUCAAGCUUUCAGAGGAUCGACUCCUUUGACAGAAAUAGUAGAGCCGUUCUCCUUAAAGACAAUUAAAAWAAUAAUAAAACAAAACAGAAAUAAUGUAAUGAAUUCUCUAUUUAGGUAGAAAUUGUUAAUAGCGUUAAAAGGCCGACUUAUCGUCUGUAUUACCCCAUAUGUUAUGGCCGAAACUAGGGCAAGAUCAUAUAGCUUGAUAUAAACUCGGCCAUCUUGCGCCCCCAAUUAUAACCAAACCGUAUACCCCAAUCUUGCGUGGAAAUUCAGAAGCGUUGAUCAACCACACUAUUUGUCCUAAUGUAUUAGUCCCAUCGGUUUUUUACUGAAAAACUUCUGUCCGUCUGCUCCUCUCCAAAUUUGAUUUCAUACAUACCCCAUAUUGUACAGUUCACAAACAAAUUAUUUAUAAAUAUUUGCAGGCCAACAAAUAGUGGAACAAAUAAACCUAUUAUUUUACUGUA